CCACUGACCACAGCACAGACACGCGACGUCUCGUCAACGUGUAACACCGUGUCCUUACGAGACAUGUUCAUGAAAUUUCUUCGAAACAAAGUCGCAUUCGCAUCGUUUCGUUAAUCUGCGGUUCCUGCAACCUCGUUACAUCAUCCGUAAAAUUUGGAGGCGUUCUCGUACGCGGAGUGGGGCAGCGAAGAUGGAGGGGAUUAAAUAAGGCAUUGCCUUGUCCGAAAUUCGCCCGAAUAUUCGGAUGAUGGAUAUAUAAAGGGAUCCUGUGCUCGAUAUUUCGAGUCAGUGCACUGAAAGGCUCUUGGCGGGAGAACCACGUUUUCCUUUAUACAUAAAAACCAAAAAAAGUCCGGGAACGACGUCAUCAUGAUCCGACCGGUAAUCGUCUUAUGCGCCGUAGCUGCGACAGCAUCCGCUAUUCCGUUGCUCCCAGCGGAGACACCGAUUCCUAUUCUAGAACAUGACAGGGAGGGUCCUGCUCCAGAUGGAAGCUACACGUACAAGUAUCAAACAGCAAACGGUAUUCAAGCGGAUGAGUUCGCCUUCCUUCGAUAUCCUGGCACCAACUUGGAGUCUCUCGAAGCCCGCGGUAGCUAUAGCUAUACUGCACCGAAUGGCGAGCUCGUCCAGGUGAGCUACAUCGCUAACGAGAAUGGAUUCCAACCCGUAGGUAGUCACAUUUCGCCUGAGAUCUCUGAAUACGCAGCCAUUCAGAACCGAGGGCAAAAUAUCGGCGAUCAAUGAAUAGAUCGAACAAGUGAAUCUGAAUAAAGGCGCGCGACACAUCUCUGAAUCGUUUAACACUUCGACUGCGAUUAUUUGCUCAGAUUUGAAAAUUAUUAUAACUUUCCAAUAUCUUGAUACCAUUGAACGAAAGGGAUAUUUUUGAGUUUGUCGAUGUUGUAGUUGAAGGUUAAGAAAACAUCAGAGUUCGGACGAUUUGCUUCUCGUGUGCAAGAUAUCGAAGAUUUGAACACCCAUUGUGAUAGCUGCUAAAAUUGUUGACGCUUUAUUCCAUAGCAAUGUCAAUUAUCUGCGCAGCUGGGUCAUUGUAUCAAUCUUCUCUUGUACAGAUUUAUAGAUUGUUUCAAUUGAUUUCGUUUACACGCGAGUGUUUGUCUAUGUCAGCACUCAAAUCAUUCAUUCGAGUCAUUCAACUGAAUCUUAUUUUUAAGACUGAAAUUUUUGUUUUAGUUUAGUAUUGAUAGCUUUUAAUAGUUAGAUAAGACUUUUGAUAAGAAGUGAAUUUAUUUAUCAAAAGUGAUCGUUCUAAGAUCAAGAAUAUUGUCGACAGAGAAUUUUUUAUGUAAACUAUAAGGAAAAUCAGUACGUGAAGCUCGAAAUCGUACAAUUUCAAGAGUACUAUUAUUUUCUUUUCUAAUUAAAA